AUGGCGGAGGUAGAGGAGACGCCGCAGGAGAAGCAGCUGCGCCUGGCCAAGCUGUACCUGGAGCAGCUCCGCCAGUACGAGGAGGAGCGGGCGGCGGCAGAGGAGGAAGAGACGCCCGCGGAUCUCAUCGGCGGCCGGCUGAAGGAGGACGUGCUCGAGCAGAAGGGCCGGCUGCAGCGCCUCGUCGCCAAAGACGUGCAGCCUCCGGAUCCAGCCAGCGUCCGCGUGCUGCGGGGGCACCAGCUGCCCGUCACCUGCCUGGUCAUCUCUCCGGAUGACAGGUUCAUCUUUUCUGCUCCCAAGGACGGCUCCCUCAUCAAAUGGGAGGUGGAGAGCGGGAAGGGGCUCUGCGUUGUGGCCGGGGGGAAGAAGGGCGCUGAGGAGCGGCACAGGGGGCACGCGUCGCAUGUCCUCUGCGUGUCCAUCUCAUCGGAUGGCAAGUACGUGGUACGGGCGAGGGAUGCUGGCGCUGCCAUGGGCUCCAUCGACUGUAUCCAGCUCAUCAACGAGGAGCACAUGGUGUCGGGCGCUGAUGACGGGUCCGUAGCCUUGUGGGGGCUGACAAAGAAGAAGCCACUGGUGCUGGCCCGGCAGGCUCACGGCAUGCAGGACUCCCAGGGCCUGCAGCAGCCCUACUGGAUCUCCGCAGUGGCCGCUCUCUGCAACAGUGACCUCCUGGCUACAGGCUCCCACAGUGCCAGCGUGAAGCUCUGGAAGUGUGGUGAGGGAUUUCGGAAGCUGGAGCCCCUCUGCGACAUCCCCUUGGUGGGUUUUGUCAACAGCCUCAAGUUCUCUGCAGCCGGCGACUUCCUGGUGGCCGGCCUUGGACAGGAGCACCGGUUCAGAUGGACAUGA